AUGAUAGUGGCUCCGAAGCUGCUGCUCCUGAGGUCACUCAUCCAAGCCUUCAUCACCUCCCAUUUGGACCACUGCAAUAGUGUCCUGUAUGGGUACCUACUGGACCUUCUCCACUCCUACAACCCCUCACGGAACCUGCGGUCCACCGACAAGGGCUUGCUCUCUAUCCCCCACACCAGACUGCGGAGUUUUGGGGACAGAGCCUUCAGCGUUGCAACCCCCACCCUCUGGAACUACAUCCCCACAGAGAUCCAAAAUGCUCCCUCUCUGGACACCUUCAAAAACCUCCUAAAAACCCACCUCUUCACAAAGCUUCGUGGGAAAAGAGAGAAGCAAAAGAUGUCAGAUCUCCCGCAAGAGCGACUAAGCACCUCACCUCCCUUUACCUACACAGGUGUGGAUGUUUUCGGUCCUUGGGUCAUGACAGCCAGGCGCACAAGAGGAGGCAUGGCUCAGAGUAAGCGCUGGGCUGUUCUCUUCACUUGCAUGAACACAUGUGCAAUCCACAUAGAAGUGAUUGAGUCCUUAGACACCUCUUCGUUCAUCAGCUCCUUAAGAAGAUUCUUUGCAAUCCGCAGCCCUUCUGAACAUCUACACUCAGACUGUGGGACCAAUUUUGUGGGUGCUUGCAAAGAGUUGGAGUUCCAGAAAAUUUUGACAGAGUCAGAAGUCCAGAGGUACACCAACAACCAAGGUUGUACAUGGCAUUUCAACCCACCUCACUCCUUGCUCAUAGGUGGUGCGUGGGAGCGCAUGAUAGGAGUUGCAAGGAGAAUUUUAGACUCAAUGCUGAUGCGCACUCCCUCCUCCAGUUUGUCCCAUGAAGUCCUGUGCACCCUAAUGGCAGAGGUGACGGCCAUCAUCAACUCCAGACCUCUAGUUUCCGUCUCUUCAGAUCCAGAUGUCCCUCAAAUACUUACCCCAGCAAUGCUCCUCACUCAGAAGCAGAGUGUUCCACCUCCUCCAGGGACGUUCACUGAGAAGGACCUGUAUAAGCAACAGUGGCGCCAAGUGCAGAGAGUGGCCGACCAAUUCUGGAAUCAUUGGAAACGCGAAUACCUGCAGACACUACAACUUCGUUGCAAAUGGCAAGAGUCCAGCCCCAACGUCGAAAAGGGUGACGUUGUCUUGAUGAAGGAUGAUUGUACAUGUCGGAACGAUUGGCCCAUGGCUCUUGUGACGAACACCUUCCCAGGCGGUGAUGGAAAGGUCCGCAAGAUCGAGAUCCGGGUCGUCAAGGAGUGGACAAGGCGUUCCUCAGGCCUGUUACAGAAGUUGUUACGCUUCUAA